UUUGGCGUAAACAUUGCGGUGCGUUUAUGGAGUUAAGACGUGUUUCUGCGGCGGCAUAGCAUCGAGGAGUUAGUGACGCCUUCAGACACUACGUGGGACCCGGUGUUUUGCGUUUUAUUUGUAGUUUUAUCGCCGCUUUUCUGGACUCCAUUUCUCCACGUUUUUUUUUUUUGAAUGGGCGUGUUGGCAUUUCCUGGUUCGCGACACUCUUGUUUGUUAACUUAAAUCGAUACCUUUUUUUAAUUCCAAGGUAGUUAGAUUUAUUUUUUCACAGUUAAUUCAACUUAAAUUGUUUUUGUAGUUUUUAAAUUUUUUCCACUAGAGGGGGUUACUUUUUUAAAUAAAAAAAAAAAAAGAAAAUGUCGGACUUCGGUCGCCAUGGACACGGCUCUCCGUCUCCGAACAUUCGACAGAAGCUGCAGUUCACGUACAGCGACGGCGAGGACGAGCCCGUCGACGACGUCAACAUCAGCACCGGCGGCGAGUCCGGCUUCACGGAGGAGAUGGACUCCCCGAGGACGGCGCGCAGGGACCCGGCGGAGAAGAGCAGCAGCAGCCCGCUGAACCAGUCCGGAGGGGACGACGACGUGGAGCUGUGGGACGAGGAGAGCUUCGGGUCUCCGUCGCACCUGCGCAGCGUCAUCUUCGCCAAUUGCUCCCCGUCCCCGAGGAAGGCUUCCCGGCUGCAGGAGGACGGCUCCAGCCCCCCGGUGCCGGACUGCCCCGACACCCCGCCGCACAAGACCUUCAGGAAGCUGCGGCUGUUCGACACCCCGCACACACCAAAGAGCUUACUGUCCAGAGCCAGGGGCUCAGGCUCGGGCUCCUCCAGCAGGAGAGUUGCCCUUUUCAAGAAUGUGGAGCCGUCAGGAAAGUCGAUCACAGACAGCAUCAGGAGACAGCAGACCCCUCUGGUCAACUUUAACCCCUUCACACCGGACUCCCUCCUAAUCCAGUCUGCCACACAGCAGAGAAACAGGAAGAGAGCACACUGGAAUGACUCUUGUGGAGAAGACAUGGAGGCGAGUGACGGGGAGGGAGACGAGGAAGUGUUGCCACCAUCCAAGAGGAUCACCAUGAUGGAGAGCAACAUGAUGUCACGGUACACCUCCGAGUUCCUCGAGCUGGAGAAGAUCGGCUGUGGAGAGUUUGGCGCCGUGUUCAAGUGUGUGAAAAGACUCGACGGCUGCAUCUACGCCAUCAAGAGAUCAAAGAAACCUCUGGCAGGAUCAGUAGACGAACAGAACGCCCUGCGGGAGGUGUACGCCCACGCCGUGCUGGGCCAACACCCCCAUGUGGUGCGCUACUACUCAGCCUGGGCCGAGGACGACCACAUGCUCAUCCAGAACGAGUACUGCAACGGAGGCACGCUGUCCGACGCCAUCGCAGAGAACUACAGGCGACUCACUUACCUGUCCGAGCUGGAGCUGAAAGAUCUUCUGCUUCAAGUCACCCGCGGACUAAAGUACAUUCACUCUACGUCUCUGGUGCACAUGGACAUCAAGCCAAGUAACAUCUUUAUUUCACGAAAGUCUGUAUCCAGCUGUGAUGAGUGUGAUGAUGACGAAGGAGUGACCACCAGCGUCGUCUAUAAAAUAGGUGAUCUUGGUCAUGUGACACGAGUGAACAAUCCACAGGUGGAGGAAGGUGACAGCAGAUACCUGGCCAAUGAAAUUUUACAAGAGGACUACAGCAGGUUGACGAAGGCGGACAUCUUUGCUCUGGCUCUGACUGUCGUCAGCGCCUCGGGGGCGGAGCCUCUUCCCACCAACGGAGACAAAUGGCACGAGAUCCGAGAGGGAAAACUGCCCGCCAUCCCCCAAGUGCUUUCUCCAGAGUUUCUCAGUCUUCUCAAGCUGAUGAUCCAUCCUGAUCCCAGCAGACGACCCUCAACGUCUGAACUCAUCAAACACCCGGUGCUCCUCACUGCUGCCAGAAUGAGCGCCGACCAGCUCCGAGUCGAGCUCAACGCAGAGAAGUUCAAGAACGCACUGCUCCAGAAAGAGCUGAAGAAAGCGCAGCAGGCCCGAGCUGCAGCAGAGGAGAAGGUUUUGUCCACAGACAGGGUCCUGACCCGCUCCACAGUCCAGACCAAUCCCAGAACCUCCAGACUCAUCGGCAAGAAGAUGAACCGGUCGGUCAGCCUCACCAUCUACUGAUACUUUAAUCCACCCGGACAGGAAGUGAAACACGAAGGCUCAUGGACCUAUUUAAUCAAAAAGCCUGUUCAGACGGAAUCGGUCUCUUUAAGUUUUUCCAUUUCGGAAGUGAACCCCGUCAGUCGUGGUGGAGGAAGUUGAACUUGAACUCAUCUCCAUAGACUCACAUUGCCAACAUGGUUUAGCCCUUUUUAUCUUUCCAAUGGACUUUUAUUUUGGAAAAUAAAUAGUUAUUCCUGAAAGGUAGUUACUUUACCUUUUUUUUCACACUUUGUCAUUCCUUAAGUUUGCAUAAACGUCAGGCUCUAUCACCGUUUCUGUCCUUGCACUUCCCCUUCGACAAAGCCGAAGCCUGUUGGCAGCGGAUCGAAGCCGCAGUGAAGCUCUCUUCAGUGUGAAUGUACUUGCCGAGCGCACCUUACUGCCUGUCAAAUGCCUGAUGCUGGGUACCAGAGGGUCUGAGAACUGACAAUUUCUGUGUUUGUAUGGAGCACUUUGGAGGCAAAACAUGGAACUUGCCACGAUUUUUUACUUUUUUUUUUAAAGAGAAAAAAAGAAAAAUACCUGCUGCUAUUGAUGUUUUGUGUGUAUCGGGGUUUGGCCCAUUUCAGGUUGGAUCGUUCUAGAGGUCAUUGGCUCUUAUUUUCAAGUAGCAGGAGUCUGUUUCCCCCCGAUUUAAUGUUUAUUCUUCUGGUUGGAUGGAGAAUGGAUCAUGCCAUUUGAGCAAAAAUCAUCCAUUGGGUUUUGAAGUACCAAAACCAGUGAGCUAACUCUGUUAUCUGUGAGGUUAGAACUGAUCCAUAGUGUUUUAACUCCCCCUGUUGAUCGGUGCUGCCAACCCUGCCUGUAGCAUUAGAACAAUCAUCGUCCCGUUCUUUAGGUUCUUGUGUGUUCUGUUAUUAUUAUUUUUUUAUGCUCAUCUUCAAUUAUUGGUUAGAAAAGUAUUCCUCAUUGGGUUUUUUUUUUCUUGUAACCUCUAACACAAAUCAACCUUUCUGUUCUUGUAACCUUGUACAUAUGUUCUUUUAAUAAAUUCUUA